UCCUUACCAAUGCAGCCCUGACGCGCCUCACUUACCUGCCCGUUUUUAAUCCCCCCGGCAAAUUUAAUCCCUUUUUCUUUUCUCAAAAGAUUACGUGAGAGCGGGGGAGUUUAGAAAGAAAAGCAAAAGAAGAAGAAGAAGGAAAAAGAAACGAAAUUGGGAGGAGAGCUCGUGAGGGCUCCCAAAUUACGUAGGAGAUAAGCGAAAUCCCCAAAUUUCUCGCCCCCUCUCCUCCCCGUCCGCAGUCGUUCGAGUGGCCUGCGAGCGAGCGAGCGCCCCCGAGCUCCGUCUUCCCCGCGCGCAGUACGAGCGUGCAGCCGAGAGCUUCGCUUUGUUGCUGCUUUUGUGUUUCCUGACUGAUUAUUUUCUUUGUCUUUUGUCCGUAUUUUCGCGGUAUUAUCCUGGUUUGCGGUGAUUUCUCGGUGAUUUUGCCGCGCCCUCGCUCGGGCGGGGGAUCUGUAAUUUCUGCGCCUGGUCUGCCAAAUCCUCUCGCCGGGGCUUGGAUUACCAACCACCCCGCAUUAUUUUUCCAUUUCGUUCUGGUUUACCGUUUCUUGCUCCCGUUUUCUCCUCAUUUUUUCCCGUCAUUUGCGGCCUCGCCCCACUCGUCCCAAGAUACUGCGAGCUCUGUUCGUCGUCAAAGAUUUCGAGCUCUGCGCGCGCGGCGUGGGGUUUAUGGUUUUCUUAUAGCUGCUGCCGAGCUUGCUUGUUCUGGGUAGGAGCUUCGCUUCUGCUUUUUUUGAGGAAUGAUGGAGGUGAGGGCGUCGCAGGAGCAGCAGGGAGGGAUGGCCGGGAGGGAACCGUUCGGGCUGCCCAACAGCCCGCCCACGCCGCAGUCCUCCGGCCCCGUGCCCAACAUGCGCAUGACCUACGGCGAGGACGGCAACGCCUACUUCCUCAAGCCGGGCUCAGCUCCGCCGCCGGCGGAGGCGUACCAGCCAGGGGGAGGCGCUGGCCUCGACAUGCCGGCUGGCCCCGACGCGGCUGCUGCGGGGGGCAAUGGCGGGCCGGCGUUCGAGCUCAACAUGGAGGAGGAGGCCGCCAAGAAGCGCGGCCGCGCAAUGAAGUACGGCGACGACGGCUCCACGUCCCUGGCAUUGGUGCCCGUGCCCAUGCCCGGGGAGCCGACGGCGGUGGCGCCCGGUGAUUCCGGGGCUUUCUCGGCGCCGGCCGGCAAACCGGCGGCGGGCGGCGUGCUGGCGGUGCCACCGGUGGGGAUGAAGAAGCGGGGUCGCCCAAAGGGCUCCACCAACAAGGUGAAGAAGCAGGACAAGGUCAUGUCUGCGCUUGCUUUCAUCGGGACUGCAGGAGCUGGCUUCACUCCACAUGUCAUUGCUGUUCAAGCUGGAGAGGAUGUGGCUGCAAAGAUCCUGUCAUUUGCGCAGCAUGGAGUUCGUGCAGUUGUUGUUCUUUCAGCAAAUGGCGCCAUUUCAAACGUGACCCUUCGGCAAUCUGCCACUUCAGGUGGGACGGUCACAUACGAGGGCCGAUUUGAGAUACUGUCGCUGUCCGGAUCGUUCACCGUGCAAGAGACUGGAGGCCAUCGUAGCCGAACCGGUGGGCUGAGUGUUUCACUUGCAAGUCCUGAUGGCCGCGUCUUGGGUGGCGGAAUUGCUGGACUCCUGAUUGCCUGCACACCUAUUCAGGUUGUGGUGGGAACCUUCAACACCGUGGCCGAGAAGAAGAAGGCGCCGAAGCACGCCGCCGCCGCUGCUGCUGCACAUGAACCGGCAUCCGCGCCACCGAGGAUGACGCCGAGCUUCGUGCCGGCGCCGAUCGCCGUGCCGCCUCUCGCGCAUGCUCCCAUCAGCGUCGGGAUGGCCCAGAACAGCCCGCCGUCCAGGGGCACGCUGAGCGAGUCCUCCGGGAGCCCGAUGAACCAGGGCGUCCCGGCGGCGGCCACUCCCAGCAACAGCGGCCUGUCCAGCAUGCCCUGGAAGUGAGCUCAGUGUCAGUCUGCAUGCCGUCGUCGUCAGUGACCAGCUUGACGUAGAACUCUGAAGCAGAAGAAGAAAAAAAAACCUGAACUAGAUGUUACCGUUGCCUUAGCGUAAUCUCGUGGUCGAGACUGUUUGUUUAGGCGUUGAACUGCUUAAUGUGUCGUCGUGGAUUGUUGUUAGCCCGGAUGUCGUGGAUUAAUGUGUCGGAUUAUCGUCGUGUCGUCGUCGUCGAGUUUAACCGGUGGUUAUCAUAAAUUUAUGAACCUUUGACA